GGUGGCGGUACACACACGUUGUCACUUCUGCCACCAGGGGAACUCCAAGACCCUCGAGCUGGACCGCUGGAGCCCCCACACUGGCUUUCACGCCCACGCCCAUCUCUUCCCUGAUCAGUUCCGGGAUUGCAUGGGCCACAAGUUCCAGGUUGUGUCAAUGGACUGGUUCCCCUUCCUUAAGUUCCAUCGAGAUAGUGACGCCCCGGCCACUACAGUCACUCCUGUCGACUCACUCGACCUCAGGAUGCUCCAAGCCCUCGCCCGGGUCUUAAAUUUUACGUAUGAGAUCCGUGUGCCGUGGGACAACCAGUGGGGGAUGAGACAGGAGGGCGGCAACUGGACAGGGACAGUGGGGACCCUCCAGCACCAUCAGGCAGACUUCUCCAUGCUCCUCAACUGGUCCCAGGAGAGGCGUCUCGUCAUCGACUUUUCCAGGAUCUACGCCGCCGAGCCCCUCGUUAUGGUCACCUCCAAGCCCCGGCCUCUACCUCGCUAUCUGUCCAUCGUCAGUCCUUUCACAGGAGAGGUGUGGUGUGGGGUGCUGGUGAUGGUUGUGUGUGGCGGCGUGGUGUACUGGGGGCUGCAGAAGGCCAGGAGUCACUUAGGCCGAGAAGAACAUGAGCCUCGGGUCCUCCCUCUUCUACACCACCGGGCUGCUGCUACAGGACUCGCCCUUCAAGCUUCCCACCGCUAUUACUAACCAGAUGUUGGUGGGCUGGUGGUGUGUGUUCAGCAUCCUGGUGGGGACUAUGUAUCGCUCCUCCCUGGUGGCGCACCUCUCCCUCCCCACCAAGGGCUCCCCCGUGGAGACCUUCGAGCAGCUUCUGGUGCAGGACGGCUGGUCGUGGGGUCUGGAGCCAACCUAUGGUGCUGAGUGGGAGUGGUUCAAGAGUAGCACCACACCCGCCAUCAAGGACAUCUUCCAGGGCAUUGAGAUUCUAGACACAGAAGCCCACUUGGAGCGGGUAGUGAGGGGAGGCCACGCCCUCCUCACCUGGAAGUACCACAUCCACAACAUCGUCGCCUCCCGUUACACAGACACACGAGGCUACACACCCGUACACAUCGGCCGCGUUGAAUACUUCGUCAGCACCGGCUAUGGCUGGGGCUUCAGGUUAGUGACGGAUAUAACCUAG